GAUGUAACCCAAAAUUACAACUCAUUUCGAUUUCACAACUGUCCUCGUUGAGUACAUAGUAAAAUAAUAAUCCAUUAAAAAAAUGAAACUUCCAACCCUUCUUCUUGUCAUAAUUGGUAUGAUAGCAACGCAAGUUAGCGUCACGGAAGCAGAGGCAAUACUUAUUAUCAUAAUACACGACGUGGAAUAUAAUACAUCCUCCCGAAUUACUGGAAUGCUUAAGGACGGUCCAUCCAUAAGUUAUAAGUUAAAUAAUUGGCCACUACCAAGUCGUCAGGAUUCUCCAAAUGAUUUGUCUCAAUCCGGGGAUCACUACGACAUGCGGGAGCAAUGCAUUGGAUCUGAGGCUGAAAUCCAAAUUUUAAAGGAUGCCAUGGAAAGAACUGUCAAAUAUGUGGAACGUCAUGUCGGAAAUAUUUUCAGUUUCGAUGCGCACGUUGGUCUUCAAGUGUUGGAGGGUGAGCAUGCGUACGCAAAAAAACGUGGCCAAUCCAACUCCACCCUACCCGCUAGGGUGAAACCCCUAAUCGAGCAAAUUAAUACGCAAGCAAUUAUCGCCAUUAACGAUAAACUGACCAAGCAAGCCGCCAAAAUCAUUACCAAACAUGAGAAUCUCUUCGCACGUGACUUUUCUGACUGGAAAAAUCCCGACAUUCUCGUCAAGCGGAGAUCGGAUUUUCCAAAUGUUGGACAGGAUCCGGAAACCGUGUGGAUAACCUUAAACACGCAAUGCAUCGCGGCACUUUUGAACAAUUGUGACGUGCCUUACACCUGCGAGCGGACCUAUUUGAAAGAUCAACCCCAAUCACAGUACAUGCUGACUCAUCAAGCGUUAUAUUUAUUGUUCGCGAGAAAGACCAACUGUGAUACCAAGCGUCCCGAACUUUUUGGAAAUGUGGACUCUUCUUUAGAAUCACAGUGCGGAAAAAUGUUACUGGAGGCGGAACUCUUGGCACAGAACGCAUUUCCAGCCUGGGGAAAAGAUCUGUUCGCUGAGUAUGUUUUCAUCUGCGGGCAGGCCGGAUAUCCGAAUUUUCUUAGGAAGGAUUGGAUCCAAGAAAUUCUUUCAUGGCAGAGCAAAAGUGAGUAUGGGUGUUUCUUAAAUCCCGAACUGAAUGCGGACUACCGUACCACGGAAGUCCGCAUUUUGAGAGAAGAGACAGAGCAGGAAAGGGAGAUUGGUGUCAAAUCAGAAGAAAUUUGUUAUUCCCACUUGACCUCGACUUCUCUGUCUGCGUUGGCCAUGAGGUUGGGUUGCAUACUGGAUAAUUGCUAAAGUAAUUAUGUCGGACAGAUGCCGAUUUUAAGAAAAAACAUGUUACUUAAACAUAUGUUUUUUAUUCAUGAUGACGAAUUAAAUUGUUUUUGCUUUUCUUAAGCUAAAAUCUUUUAAAUACUUAUGUAAAAUGUAUGAAUGUGUUACGAUAUUGAAGUUUUUUUAUGUAGUGUAUUUAUAAUGAAGUUGUAUGACAAUUUUUCAUAAUUAUGUACUUAACACUCUUAAUAGAUGCAUAUUUCUAUCUUGAUAAAUAAUAAAAUUUCAAUAAGUAAGAUAGUGGCAACAUAUCUACAUUUCUCCUUAGUUUGUGACCUAAGUUUAAAUUUUUAGGUUAAAUUUUAAUAAAUAAAUAAUAAAUACGGAAUUUAUUUGAUGAAACGA